AUGGCUCCAGGCGCGAUUCACAACGACACUGCUGCAGCGAAUGGAAAUGGCACCGCCCUGAAGCCAACAGCCCGCUCUUUCCACCCUACAGGCACCCCAGAUCCCUCCAAGUACCAUGCGUCGUCGUCGCAGGCGGCCAUCAAGUCAGAGGCCGACUUCGCAGCGCACAACUACCACCCUCUUCCCAUUGUAUUCUCAAGAGCAAGCGGAUGCAGCGUCUGGGACCCUGAGGGCAAGCACUAUCUCGACUUCCUCUCCGCCUACAGUGCCGUCAACCAGGGCCACUGCCACCCCGAGCUUGUCAAGGCUCUCACUGAGCAAGCUUCGCGAUUAACCCUCAGCAGUCGCGCCUUCUACAACGAUGUCUUCCCGCGCUUCGCUGAGUAUGCCACCAAGUUGUUCGGCUUCGACAUGAUCCUGCCCAUGAACACUGGUGCCGAAGCGGUCGAGACGGCUGUCAAGGUCGCACGCAAAUGGGCAUACAAAGUCAAGGGUGUCCCGCAGAACGAGGCGUUGGUUUUCUCUGUAGAGGAGAACUUCCACGGACGGACAUUUGCCGCAAUUACCAUGUCCACCGACCCCGAAUCUCGCGACAACUACGGUCCCUACCUACCAGGUAUUGGAAGUGUAUGCCCCGCCACUGGCAAGCCAAUACGCUACAACAACAUCGACGAUGCGCGAGAGGCAUUUGAGAAGCAUGGAAAGAACCUGGCUGCCUUCCUGGUCGAGCCCAUCCAGGGCGAAGCCGGUAUCGUCGUGCCAGAUGACAACUACCUUCGGGAAAUCAGGGCACUUUGCGACAAGCACAACGUCCUGCUCAUCUGCGACGAGAUCCAAACAGGUAUCGCGCGGACAGGCAAAAUGCUCUGCCAUGAGUGGAGUGGCAUCAAACCUGAUUUGGUCUUGUUGGGCAAGGCCAUCUCAGGUGGCAUGUACCCCGUCUCGUGCGUUCUCGGCUCCAAGGAGGUAAUGCUUACUAUCGAGCCUGGUACUCACGGUUCAACAUAUGGCGGUAACCCACUUGGCUCUGCUGUCGCGAUCCGGGCUCUUGAGCUUAUUCAAGAAGAGAACAUGGUUGAGCGCGCCGAAACAUUGGGCAACAAGUUCCGAGAGGGUCUCAAGAACAUCAACAACCCCAUGAUCAAGAUCAUUCGCGGCAAGGGUCUGUUGAACGCCAUUGUGAUUGACGAAAGCAAGACGAACGGACAUAGCGCGUGGGAUCUCUGCAUGCUCUGCAAAGAGAAGGGAUUACUGGUAGGAAGAGCCCUCAAAAUUAUGCAUAUGAAAGAGAUUGACGGUGCUGACUCUGAUGGACAGGCGAAACCCACACACCAGAACAUUAUCCGCCUUGCGCCGCCGCUGGUCAUCACUGAGGAGGAGAUUGAGUCGGCUUUGUCCAUCAUCAAGGAGGCUAUGGAGGAGCUGCCAAACCUGAAAGGUGAGAAGGAGAAGGAAGUGCUCACUUCAGCUGUCGGACUUGAGAAGAACGUCCACAUCGGAGUGGACAACUAG